AUGGAUAAAUUGUUACUUGAAUACUUAGAUUGUAUAAAUGAAUUAAAAAAGAUUCGUACACAAUAUUUUAGGAAAUAUAUGAAAUAUUGUAUUUGGAUUUGGCAAUAUGAGUUAAUAAAGAAUUUUAAUGAUUUAAAAUAUAGAAAGAGACCAGGAAUUGAAGAUAGAAGAUAUGAUAAUAUGUCACUUUUUACUAAUAAUGAGGGGAUAUCUGCUCCAAGUAAUAGUGAAACUAUACUUAAAAAUAGAGCACGUAGAUUAUUACCAAGUUAUAGAAGAAAAUAUGAUUGGAAUCAUGGUAUAUGGUUAUCUAGUGAAAUAAAAAAUCUUGCAAAAUUAGUUGAUUUACAUUUGGAAACUUCAAUAAUAGAAAUUUCUGCAAAAUUAAGAUUAUAUGAAAGUUGUUUAAGUAAUGAGAAAUCAGAUGUAACAUAUAAAAUGAAAUAUUUAGAUGAUUUACUAAUACAAUUGAAGGAUAAGAAUACAGAUCUAAAUAUUCAAGAUUAUUGGAUUGAAUUUUGGAAUCAUGUAGCUUUAGAUAUUGGUGGAAGAUGUGAAAGAACUGGGAAAGAUUGUCAAAUUACUUGGUAUCAUCUUAUUGAUCCAAAUAUAAAUAAAGAUCCAUGGACUAAAGAAGAAGAUAUUUCAUUAAUUGGUUUAGCUUCUCAUUAUAAUGGCCAUAAUUGGAGAUUAAUUGCAAAUAAACUUGGUACUGGUAGAACUCCAUAUCAAUGUAUUGUACGUUAUCAAAGAAGUUUAAAUAAAAAAUUAAUUAAAAGUAGUUGGAAUAAAGAUGAAGAUGAAAAAUUACUUUCUAUUGUAGAAUCAAUGGGUGGAUUUGAUAUAUUAGAAGCUCAUAAGUGUACAAGUAAAUGGAAUUAUGUUGCAAGUUACUUACCAGGGAGAACAAAUCAACAAUGUAGAUCAAGAUAUGUACGUAGUAUUAAAAAAACAUUAAAGCAUGGACCAUGGACAUUAUAUGAAGAUGUACGUUUACAAUUUGCUGUAUCUAUAUAUGGUCAAAAUUCAUGGGUAAAAAUAUCAAGACAUAUACCAGGUAAAGAUGAUGCUAAAUGCCGUGAACGUUUUGUAAAUUUACUUAAACCUGAAAUAUAUAAAGGUCCAUGGAGUAUUAAAGAGAAUGAAUUAUUAAUUGAUACUGUACAUAGGUUUGGGCCUGGGAAUUGGAGUAAAAUAAAAGAUUUUGUACUUGGUAGGACAGAUGCUGAUUGUGCAAGGCAAUGGGAAAGAUUAGAUCCUAUAUCUUCUUGUAAAUAUGAUUUACUAAGAGCAAAAUAUCAAAGAUUAUUACCCCAUAGUAAUAAAUGGAUUGGACUAGCAAGAUCUAAUCAUAGGUUAUUUGUAAAUAUUCAAUGUAAUAAUAAUACUAGUGAAUCUAAAGAUAAUAAUAAUAAUAAUUUUAAUAUUAAUGAUAAUAUAAAAUCUCAAUUAUCUGGAUUAGAUUUUUAUUUAGAGCCUGCUCAGAAAUUAUUAGAUAUAGUUCAAAAUGUAUUUAAUAGCAAUAAUUUUAACUCUUCUUCAAAUUUCAAAGAUUUAGUAUUUGAAGAUUGUACUACUAUAAAUAAUGGUUCUAAUAUAGAUAAUUCAUUAAAUAAUUUACAAUGUGAACUUAAAUCUUUAUCUUCUGGUGAUAUUGAAGUUGAUAAAAUAUUUAAGAAGGUUAAAAAAUCUAUUAUUAAGAAAUUAUCAAAUAAAUUACAUAUUUGA